GCCAAACGCCGCGUUCGGCGGCGGCGGAUGCAUCGACUCAUGAAGCGCUCGGCGCUGGGGGUUCCCAUCGGCCAGGCACCGGCGCUGAAGCUGCCAGGAAAAGGCCGCGUCACUCCUGUGCUGGUACCUCCACGACGUGGCGUGACGCAGGCGGCGAAGCCGCAGCCGUUGCGAGCGAAGCAUGGUGCGUUGCCACAGGUCCGAAUGAUGGCCACUCGCACCGGCGAGGUGCGCUUCGAGGACCCCGAGGCUGCUGGCCUGGCCUUGGCCUUGGAUGGUCAGGAGUACCUGGGGCACCAACUCAAGGUGAAGGUGGACCUCACUUCCCAAGACGGCACCAAGAUCCUGGUCAUGGGAUUGCCGUCGCAGUGUGGCUGGCAAGAUUUGAAAGAUUUGAUGCGGGAAUUUGGAGAUGUGGCCUUUGUUCAGGUGAAAGAUCGCUUCACGCCUGGCGCCAUGGUCGCGUCCGCUGACCUGAAGCCCGUGGGCCAGGUGAAGGUGCAGGAGGCCUUCGCCGUGACGCCCACGUGUCGCCUCAUGUGCUCCAGAGGCAGCGUCGUCGACUUCGCCGGCGAUGCAAUCGUCAACGCUGCGAAUCGGGGCGGCUUGGGUGGCGGAGGGGUCGAUGGGGCCAUCAAUGCCAGAGGAGGUCCAGAGCUGCAGGAGGCCCGCAAGCAGCUGCCGGUGCUCAACGAGUACGGGGAUCGCAUCCCUACCGGGGAGGCUCAGGCCACGAUUGGCGGAGCAUUGCCUGCAAAGUGGGUGAUCCAUGCUGUGGGUCCCAUUUAUUGGGAAUCCGAAGGCAAUCCGGACUUCAGCAAGAGCGACGAGUUACUGCGCAAAGCUUACGCGAGCUCUUUGCAAGUUGCCCAAGAGAAGGACGUGAAAACUUUGGGUUUCGCCCUCCUGUCCGCCGGAGUUUUCCGCGGCGAUCGCUCGCUGGACCAGGUGCUGGAGAUCGCCUGUCAAGCUGUGAAGGACAACGUCUACGAAGGUUUGGAAGAGGUUCACCUGAUCGCUUUCACCGACGUGGAAGAUGAAGAGCUGCGGCGAGCUGCCAAAAGAGUCUUUUCAACGCCUGCGGCAGCAGGUGAAGGGAAACGAUGCACCCGGUGUAGCGCCAUGUGACCCUGUGACCGGCAGCGAAAAACGAUUUCGCAAUGGCCGAAGCAUCGGGUGAUUUCAGAUGAUCCUGAAACAAUAUACCCUCUG